AUCUUGUGAUCAGUCUAAGAUUCAAUUGGCAAGAAGAGAAAUCGAUACCUUCACCAUAAUUUAUUCAAAAACAUUAGUGUCUGGAAAUGGGAAUGGAUAGCCAACUUGAACAAAAUCAGAAUAUGCCAAAAGUUGACUUGUUAAAAGACGCAGAGAAACUCAAAUUUACAGAUGUAGUAUACAUGAAACGCCUAGAGGAGCAAAAUCUGCAAAGAGCAAAAAGGGUACAGGGAUAUCGCAAAUCUAAUAAUCGCUUGGCUUUUGCUUUAAGCCUUGGAGUCAUCGGGAUUUAUACGUAUACAAUAUAUUCGGUUAAACAGGAAAAAUUCUUAGAUGAUUUUGAGGAGCCAGAAAAGAAUAUCGAGAAGCCUGCAUAAAAUAAUUAGUUUUGAAUGAAAAACUUUCUAGCUUAUUAAAAACUUCACUUUGCAUAAGCUUGUAUAUAAUAGAGAGUUUAUGAAGCAAUAUUUUUCUCUUUAAGAUCAUAUUCUAUAAUUUAUUCGUUUAUAAGAGAACUGCGUGUUUAUUUAUAAUACGAGAUUAGUAUUUGAAAAUGUCCACUCCACGAUUGCCACCGCUUCCAUCCAUCCGAGACAUAUUAAAAAUGUACCGAUUGAAUGCUGUGAAACGUUUGUCUCAAAACUUUCUUAUGG